AUGGACACGUACACGCAGGCGCUCAAGGUUCUCGCUCUCGAACGCGCCGCUUUCCCCGAUGCUAGCGCAUCCGCUACCGCUUCCCCUCACCCCGCGGGGAGCGCCCGUCAGGGUUCACUUCCCGGGCAUUGGCGGCGCAGGAGGGGCGGAAGGACUUCCGCGCGGGGGGGUCGGGGGGAGGCGUCUGGCGGAAAGCGCGCGCACAGGAGUCAGUCGGAGAAGAAGCCGCAAGCGAACCUGAUGCCUCCGCUUUCCCCCAUCUAUCCAACCUCCGCGCGUGCUGCGGACGUAACCCCCAUACGCGGACACCCGGUCAGUGCUUUGCGCACAGAAACCCCCCCAGGAAGCGCCGUCGCGGCGCUAUCGGCGCAAGUAUCCCCCGCAGCGGCGGCGACCGAGGGGGCUAUAGACGGCAGGCGGCGGCGGCAGCGGCUCGCAGGACGGCAGAUUGCAUGGGCGGCGGCUCCCGCGGAGGGGGGAUUUUCUACUUCCGCUGGUUGCAGUGAGACAGGGAUGGGGAGAAGAGUGGGGGAGGCGCAGGGAGAGGCGCAAGAGGAAGCAGACGUGGUGGAGGUGGUCGGGGGAGGGGGGGAAUGGGGGACGGGGAGUGGAGGUGCGGAGGCGGGGGGAGAAAGUGGUAGUGUGAAUCUGAUUAAGGGCAAAAGGGAUGGGCGAAUGGGGGAACAGAGGGGCCGGGCAAGUGGUGGGAAGGGGCUAAGAGCGUGGGAGGUGGCGGGGGGAGAUGGUCAGCGGGCGGGGGAGAGGGCCACAGGUCGAGCAGGGGGAACAGAAGGCAGGAUAGGGGAAGUGGGGGACUGCGAAGAGAGUAAGGAAGGGGGGAGCGCGGAUGAUGGGAAGGAGGAGGAAGAGCAGGAGGAGGAGGAGGGAGAGGAGGACGAGGAGGAGGAGGAGGAGGAGGAGGAGGAGGAGGAGGAGGAGGAAGAGGAGGAGGAGGAGGAGGAGGAGGAGGAGGAAGAGGAGGAGGAGGAAGGGGAGGAGGAGGAAAGGGAGGAGGGGAAAAAGCAGGAGGGGGUGGGUGGUGUGGAGAGAGCAGGGAAGCAGCCGAGCGGACAGGCGGCAGCAGCAGAGGCACAGAGGCUUGUGAGUGACCCGAGACAGGCUUCAAGUCAGCACCUGUCAGUGGGAGGAGCAUCCACACAAGCAGCGCCGGUGCAAGCAGCAACAACACAAGCAGCAUCAGCACAAGCAGAAUCAGCACAAGCAGCUUCAGCACAGCAGCUACCAUCACAACAGCCCUUGACGAUACACUCUCAGCCGCUACGUAGGGAGCAGAGGGAGGAAGCCGGGGGAGCAGUGCCGGCUAUUGAGGCGAAGCAAGAGGGUUCAGGGGAAUUUGCGUCGCACCAGCCAUGGGAGGUACCCUUCAGGGCGCAGGGCGCUUCAGAGGCGGGCGGCGCUGGCAUGGUCGGUGCUGCUGUAGGUGGUGCUGCUAUGGGCGGUUCUGAUGGUUGCAGCCCAUGCCGUGACUCCAUGAUAUCACAGCAGCAGGAGCCACACUCACAGCAGCAUCAACAGCUGGCUGUGUCCAAUCCCUCUGCUGCUGUCCCCAGCCCCGCUGCUGCUGCUGCUGCUGCUGCUGUGGCCACUCCAAGGCCGAGGCCCAGCGAGGGCUUCUGGGCCCACGUGGAGGGCUUCUUCCGCCCCGUCACCACCGCUGACGUGGCGCUGCUCUCCCCUGCUGCUUACGUGGCACACUUCAGCCACAUCACGGAGCGAGAUCCCGCCUUUGCCCUGCCGCCUGCGGGCCACCGCCCACCAUUGAAGCACCAGUUGAUGUUGAAGGCACAGGCGGGCGGACAGGAAGGGGCACGGCAGGUGGAGGGGCAGGGGCUGGGUCAUGGGCAGGGCCUGAGUCAGGGGCAGGGGAACGGACAGGGGAAGUGGAGGGGGGAUGAAGAGGGUCGCUUGGGAGGCCAGGGGGCAAUUGCUCAGGCCACGGGAAGGGGGAUGCACGGGGGAGGGAAGGGAGCAGAGGGGGGAGCGGAGGAGGAGGAGGGGGGAGGGGAGGGGGAGGCGUGUGACGUGUGUUGCCAGACGGAGAGCGACGAUGCGAACCCCAUUGUGUUCUGCGAUGGCUGUGAUGUGCCCGUGCACCGCCAGUGCUACGGCAUCCCUGCUGCUGCCUUACUGCCCGUGCAGCGAGAGGAUGGCACGAGCGGAGAGCAGGGAGGAGGGCAGCAGGGUAGGGAGCAGGACGGGGAUGGUGAGGAGGAAGAGGCAAGUCUGCCAUGGCUGUGUGCGCGGUGCAGCAGCACCCGGCCUGCUGAGGUGCGCUGUGCGCUCUGCCCCGUGCUCUCCGGCAUGUGCGCAGUGCCCUUCCACCCCAUGUGCGCGCGCCAGGGGGGGCUCCUCAUGACCCUCUCCGCCUCCCCCUGCUCCCCCCGCGUGCUCCUCAAGGCCUUCUGCCCCCGCCACUCCGCCCUGCGCCUCCCCCCCCUGCUGCAGCAGCUGCAGGCAGGGGCAGGCGGAGGGGGAGGGAAAGGGGGAGAGGGUGGGGAGGCGGGGAAGGAAGGGGGAAGGGAUGCAAGUGCGUCAUCAGCAGCAGCACAGGCAGCAGCAGGGGAGGUAGCAGGGGGGUCACCAGCAGGAGUUGAUAAAGUGGCAGCAGCAGUAGGCGCAGAGGAGUCAGAUGAUGAUGAUGUGGUGGUGCUGGUGGAGGAAGGAUCAGGAAGGGAGGAGGUGGAUGCAACAAGAGCAGUUGAAGCAAGGGGGGAGGUGAGAGCAGCAGGAGCAGAGUCAAUGAAUGGGCCGCCAGAGAUCGCAGGAAGGAGCGUGCGUAGUGAAGCAAGAGUGGCUGCUGGUUCUGCUGUGACGCCAGUCGCAUGUGCCGAUGUGGUGCCAGCAAAGCAAGCCGAGGCUGACGUGGAAUGGCCUAGAUGGGAAGGCGCUGCUGCGCUGGCGCUGAGUCAGCAGGUGCGGUGCCAUGCGUAUGUGCAGAGAUAUGCCGAAAUGCUGCAGGGGUUAGGUGGGGAGCGAAUGGGGGCGUCAGGAAACGAGGGAAUGGAGAGGGGGGAGGGAGAAAAUUGUCUGGGGCGUGUGAAGGCUGAAGGAGACGGGGAGGAAGAGGAGGUGAGAAGAGACUUAGGCAAGGAAGAGAAGCAAGGAGGGGAGCAGAAAGUGGGCAGUAGGGAACGGGGAGCGCCUCUGAUUGUAUCAAGUAAUGCACUGGUGCAGGUGGCACCUCAGGGAGGUACACCUGAGGACGAGGUCACAUCAGAGCUCAUCAUAGCACAGACCCAGCUGCUGUCCGCCCUGCACACCCUCUCCCACCGCUCUCAACACCUGCUGCACCGCAUGAUACCACGCCUGCAGGCGGAGAGACAGGCAGCCGAGACCCAGCAGCAGGGGAAGGCGGCAGUUGAGGAGUAUUUGGGGGUGCUGAGGGAGCAGCGCAAGCAGGGGCGGAGGGACCGGCGGGAGAGGGAGGCCCAGGCUGUGCUGGCAGCAGCUGAGGCUGCUGCUGCUGCGUCUCCCCGUGUGGGGCAUCUGAAGCGGGACCCUGGAGGCCCUGCUGGGGUGGGUGCUGCUGCUCCUGCUAGUCCUCUGGGUGUUUCCUCUCUUGCUGCUGCUGGUCCUGCUGCAGGUGCUGCAGGUGCUGCUGCGGGUAUGGGUAGUGGUGCGGGUGGUGUGGGUGGUGUGUCUCCUUCUUGGGGGCUUGGUGGGAGGGCGUGGGGAAGGGGAUGGGGAGGAGGGAGAGGGAGAGCGGGUGUGGGAAUGACGAGGCUGGGGGGAGCGUUUGGCAGCACCGCUGCUGCUGUUCCUGCUGCUGCUGACGGUGGUACUGGUGCUGCUGCAGCUGCUGGUGGUGUUGGUGCUGCCAGUGGUGUUGGUGGUGGUGAUACAGGUGCGGCUGCUGCUGCAGGGCGAGUGCAAACAUCCCCCUUGGCGUCCCGCCCGUCCCUCUUCCCCUCUGCAUCAGCUCGCCCUGGGCUUGCCGGUGCUGCCAGAGGGGCCAGGGGGAGAGGUUCGUGGGGCCGGGGCAGGGGCAGGGGGCGUGGGGCAUGGACAGGGGGAGGGCGAGGGCGAGUGGGGGGGAGAGUUGGGGGAAGAGGAGGAGGGAGAGUGGGAGGGAGAGUGGGUGGUUGGGGCAGGAGAAUGGAUGUAUCUUCGGGGUUGUUGAAUGGUGUGGGUGGUGAGGGGGAUGGACAGAUGGAGAGUGGUGCAGUGGGGUAUGGGGAGGUGGGGGAGGCAGUGGAGGAGGAGGAGGAAGGGGAGCGCAAUGGGGAAGGUGAGGAAGAGGAAGGGGGUUCGUGGAGGGAGUGUGGGGCGUGCUGGCAGAGGGAGUGUGGGCCGCACAGGAGCAUGAUUGAGUGUGGAAAGUGCCACGUGGCAGUUCACCAUUGGUGUUACGGUGUGCCUGAGGGGAGGUCGGGGCCGUGGUUGUGCCAGGUGUGCCGCUGGGAUUGGGCGGUGGGAGGGGAGGAGAAGGAAGGGCAUCAACAGCAGCAUCAGGUGAAGCAGAAGCAGCAGGUGGAGCAGCAAGAGGAGCGGGGGCACGAGCAGCAGGAGUCACAGCAGUCUCACCCUUCUCCACUUGAGUUCCAAUCACCUGCACCGCCCCACCUGCCUCCCCUCCUCUCUCCCCCCAGUGUCUCCUGUGCCCUCUGCUCUCCUUCUGGGCUAAAGAAGCAGGUGGGAAACGACGGGGGGAAGAAGGGCGAGAGGGAGGAGGGCGGCGAGGGGGGAGAGGGGGAGAAGCACAGUGCGGAGGCAGGGUGGCGACAGGGAGAAGAGGCAGCAGCAGUGCUGGGGGAGGUGGGGGAGGGAGAAAAGGGGGAGGUGGUGAAAAAGAGGGGAGUUGAAGGGGUGACAGGAGGAGAGGGAGUGAGAGUGGAGGGGGGCAGUAGAGGGGAUGCGCCACUCAGCCUUACUGGUGCCAUCCCUCCCAGCAUGCAGCAGCGCUGCUGCUGCUUCUGCCACUCCUCAUCUGCGCACCCAUGCACGCAGUGCGCCACACCAGGCUGCCCCCGUGUCAUGCACCCCAUGUGUGCGCGCCACUGCUCUCGCCUCACCUCUCUCCCCCCACCGCCAGAGCUACCUCAACAGUCCCCUCCCAUCUGCACUCCUACCCCGCCUCCCUCUGCCUCCGCCACUGCCCCCGCCACUGCCCCCACCUCUUGCCCCACCACUCCUGUUCUUCACUCAUCAACCUGUCCCACCACCGCUGGCAUCGGCCCUGCCAGUUCUCCUGCCAUUGCAGCACGUGUUGCUCUGCCAUCUCCUCCUCUGCUCACCUCCACGCCUUCCUCCAUUCCUGCUCCAGUGCCCUCCCAUCCUCUCUCCUCUCUCGCAGCAGCACUCCCUCCUCCUCCUCCACCCACUGCCACCACCGCAGUCCCUGUCAAACCCACUCGGGCAACUGUGAAAAUUCACUUGUACUGCCCAGAGCACGCAGCAGCUUCCGGCAUCCAAAAACUCGACCCCCAUUCCCAGCAAUCCCGCCUCCCCAGUAGCACCUCCCCGUUCCCCUCCAAUGCACCUCUCCUGCCUUCAAAGCGCCGAGCUUCGGUUUCCUUCGCGGAUCAUGAGGAUCAGAAGAGACGCUGUGUGGGAGUGGCUGAGGGGGAGGGUGGGGAUGAUGAUAGAGUGGGCCUCCAACCGCAGCGGAAGGUCGCCAGACGGAAGCUCUGGAGCUCGCCGCAGGCGGUGUUCCAAUGGGGAAAGCGGCCGGAGUACAAGGGAACGCCACCACGUGUCAUAGUGGUGACUUCGGGGAAAGGCGGCGUGGGAAAGACGACUAUGGUAGCUAAUAUCGGAAUGUGCCUGGCUCGGUUGGAGUUUAAAGUCGUCGCGAUAGACUGCGACGUGGGUCUCAGGAACCUCGAUUUGCUCUUAGGGAUGGAAGCUAGGGUAUUCCACACCGUUCAAGAUGUGUUGGCAGGGGAGGCUCGACUUGAUCAGGCGCUUGUACGCGAUAAGCGCGUCCCCAAUUUCGAGCUUCUAUGCAUUUCCAAACCUCGGUCCAAGAUUGAUUUGAAUUUCAGCGGCAAGUCGCUGAUUCUCCUAGUGGAAGCCUUAAGAGAGCGCGAGGAGGGGUGUCCGGAUUUCAUUCUUCUGGACUGUCCAGCGGGGAUCGAAGCCGGGUUUAUUACGGCAAUCACGCCGGCUAACGAGGCGAUUAUCGUGACGACGCCGGACGUGACGUGUCUGAGGGAUGCGGACAGGGUUGCAGGGCUGUUGGAGUGCGACGGCAUCACGAACGUGUCGCUGCUGGUCAACCGCGUGCAGGCAGAUCUGAUCAAGCAAGGCCAGAUGAUGUCCGUCGGGGACGUCAGGGAAAUGCUCGGACUUCCGCUGUUGGGGGUAAUUCCGGAAGACACUGCAACGAUUGGUGCAUCCAACCAGGGAAUGCCGCUUGUGCUGAAGAAGCCACCUACCAUGGCAGGCCUGGCAAUGGAGGCUGCAGCUUGGCGGCUGGCUCAAGGGGAGCAGAUGGACGUGGUUGUGCUUCCAGAGGAGAAGAAAGGAUUUCUCGCCUUUUAG